GGCGGCGGCGGCGAGGCCCGAGGCUAGGCCGGGGAGUAACGCGGAGGCCAAGAUGCUGAGGACGGCGCGGAGGGUGCUCCUGUGGGGCCGAGCUCAGGCCCCGGCCCUGGCCUGCGGGCCAUCGACCAGAGUAACCGUGGGGCCUCCGUGCGCCCUGCGACCUCCGGGAAGUAGCAUCCUCCUCCAGGCAGCCCGAGCCUAUGCAGAUAAGAAACCAGUGACCCAGUCCGGCCAGAUGGAUGACCUGCCUUCCUCCAUGCUGCUGAAAGAUUACCAAAACGUCCCAGGAAUUGACAGGGUCGAUGAUGUUGUGAAAAGACUCUUGUCUCUGGAAAUGGCCAACCAGAAGGAGAAAAUGAAGAUAAAGACAGAGCAGUUGCUAACCCAGAUCACCCUCAACCCAGAAGAUACCACAUCCCUGGAAGCUCGAGUUAUAAAACUGACAGUCAAGAUCCGAAACUAUGAAGAACACAUGCAGAAGCAUCGCAAGGACAAAGCUCACAAGCGAUCCCUGCUUAUGACCAUUGACCAGAGAAAAAAGCUCCUGAAAAAACUUCGGCAGACCAACUUUGAGGUGUUUGAGAAGAUAUGUAAAGAGCUGGACAUCGAAUACACAUUUCCCCCUCUGUAUUACCGACCUGCGCACCGUCGGUGGGUGGCUAAGAAGGCUUUUUGUAUUACGGUUUUCCAGGAGGCACAGAAGCUGAAGAAGUUGAAGAAGCAGGAAGAAGCACUGAAACGUGAAGGAGCAAAGAGGUCAGAGAGUCAGGACGCUUCGCUCUCCUAGCCCAGGCUCCACCAAUCCUGUGGCCCUUUGUCUAACACAAAAAAUAAAUUAAGUCAAAACCCAG